UUCAGUUCACUGCAUUGGACUGGGCAACACAAAAAAUUCAAUUUCCCUAACAAUUUCCAAAAAAAAAAUAAAAAUAAAAAACUUUUCAAUUUCUUCUUCCUUUCGUACGGCAGUUGUCAAGUCCCUCUCUCCCUCUCCAUAUAAAACCAAAUCUCUCAGGCGAAAAAGAAAAAGCAGAGAAACAGAGAAAAUUGAAGAAUGAAGCUCGUUUGGUCUCCAGAAACUGCUUCUAAAGCUUACAUCGACACCAUUAAAUCCUGCGGCGAUUUCGAACAAUUCGGCGUCGCCGAACUUCUCUCCGCCAUGGCCGCCGGCUGGAACGCCAAACUCAUCGUACACGCUUGCUCCGCCGGCGUCGCCUCCUCCGUCACCACCGUCGGCCUCGCCGUGGCCGCGCGGCACACCGGCGGGCGGUACGUUUGUGCGGUGGCGGACGAGCGGUCGAAAUCGGAGUACGUGGAGUGCUUGCAAGAUGCCGGCGUUUUGCCGCCGGCGGAGGUUGUGGUCGGAGAGGCGGCGAUGGCGGCGGUGGUCGGAGUGGAUUUUCUGGUGGUGGAUUGUAAGCGGAGGGAUUUCGCUAGGGUUUUGAGGUUCACCAAGGUGAGCAACAAAGGGGCAAUUUUGGUAUGUAAAAAUACGUGGUCUAGAAGCUUCUCGAAGCUCGGUUACUGUGGGCUCCUCCCGAGGGGGACACGUGUCGUCAAAUCAGUGAGUUUACCGGUGGGCCAGGGGUUGAGUAUAAUUCAUGUGGGGUCGUCGGAUGGUGGCGGCUCGAUCUCGACGAGCAAGCCUAGCCGUUGGAUGAGGCACGUCGAUGAACGAUCCGGUGAAGAACACGUGUACCGGGAGCGAAUCUGAACCGGUUCAAACGGAAUUACGGAAAGCCCGGUCGGACUAACCCGAAUAAAUUGAAUGGCUUUGAUUACGUCAUUAAUAUUUUGAUACAAAAAGUAUUACAUGUUAAUAUUAAUAUCAUCCACGUAUAUGAAUAAAUCUAAGUACAAGAGUAAG